AUGUCUGCUGAAUCUACCAUCAAAGCUUCCAACUGGAGAUUGGUCGAAGUUGGCCGUGUCGUCUUGUUUGGCGAAGCCUUGGCCACCAUCGUUGAGAUCAUUGAUCAAAAGAGAGCUUUGAUCGACGGUCCAACCAUCCAACGUCAAUCCAUCUCUUUGGCUAGAGUCACAUUAACCCCAUUGGUUUUGGAAGGUCUCCCAAGAGGAUCCAAGACUGCCACCGUCAACAAGAAGUGGGCCGCUGCUGAGAUCGACAGCAAAUGGGCUGCCACGUCGUGGGCCAAGAAGAUUGCUCAAAGAAAGAGAAGAUCCACUUUGACCGACUUCGAGAGAUUCCAGGUUUUGGUCUUGAAGAAGCAAAAGAGAUACGCUGUUAAGAAGGCUGUCGCUAAGGCUUAA